AGCAUAGUCAGAAACAGAUAGCGAGCGAGGCAAGGGCACUUCAGUUAUUCGUGUCAUUCGUAGGCUAGUCCUUUUCGGAAGAUCGCAUCAUUUCUUUGUCGCCAGUCAAGUCGCUUAUGUCCUAGACACGGACUUUUCAUUCAAUAUACGUAGGUGGAUUAAUUUAUCAAGGGAUUUCUCAUGUGCUACUGUGAGUAAAACGGACGUAACCAAGAGCUUUUUGCUGUUUUCAAUCGGAUACGCCACUACUCAACUCGGAGUGCAGAUUACAGUCUACCAGUUCUGAGGCUCAGUUUUGGAUUUGCUUGCUGGUUUAGGAUUCGAUCGCCUUCUCCUCCAUUUACUUUGAAAUCAGUUCGGAAAAAAACACAGGAAACAGACCAUAUAAUACAGCUUCACUCUCGGGGUCAAAAUGGAUUAUGCUUAUUAAGACACAGGCGAGUUUUGUACAUGUAGGCUAUACCUUUAGAAUUUGAUAGGCUACUGUUUCAAAAUUCCCUAGUAGCCAUAGCCUCUGUGUAGCCUACGGCAUAUGGUUGCAAUGGUUUUACGAAACCAUACUGAAAGAAAGAAGAAAAUUAAAUGUGUUUAUGGAGGCUAGAAAAUAUCUUAACAGUAGGCUAGUCUACAGCACGAAGUGGAAUUGUCAAAUAAUGAUCAGUGAAGCUAUUUUGUAGGAUAUUUCCCACACUCGCUUUGAAAUAUAGCUUCUGCAAAGUAUCUCUGCAAAGUCUUAAAUUGACUGAUGAUUAACUACUUUUUAAACAAAAGGUUACUAGUAUAGGGACCUUUAAUCCUACCCACUCCCCUCAACCAUCGUUUUUUAAAAGAUAUAAAGACUGGCGUAUGCUACAGAUUGUCUUUGCAGCUCCAAAUCCCAGUUUUUCCGUACAAUAAUCUCAGGCUGCUUGUCAUUGCCUGGACUCGGAUCCCGGAAUCUUCAUGAUUUGCGGACAUCAUGCUCGUUUUUUAGCCGGGAAACCCUCUUCUCGUCCCGCAUGUUUAGGACCAAACGAUCGGGGCUCGUCCGGCGACUCUGGAGGAGCCGUGCGCCCGUCGAGGGCGACGAGGAGACGGAUACACGAACGCAUGGAUCCGGGGGUUGCUGUAUGGGUAAAUCGACAAAGGUUGCCAAAUGUAAUUCCGGGACGGAAGCUGAAUUGAAGGCAUUGACCCACUCGAUACUGAAAAAAAUUAAAGACAAACAAUUAGAGGUGCUCCUGCAAGCGGUGGAGUCGAAGGGGGGUGCCAGGAGCCCCUGCCUUCUCAUGCCCAGCAAAGUGGACACCAAACUGGGUCAACAGUCUUAUUCCCUCCCUCUGCUGCUCUACAAAGUGUUCAGGUGGCCGGACCUCAGGCAUUCCUCGGAGUUAAAGAGACUAUCUUGCUGUGAAUCCUAUGGGAAAAUUAACCCAGAACUCAUUUGCUGCAAUCCGCACCACAUGAGCAGGCUUUGCGAACUCGAGUCUCCUCCUCCCCCUUACUCCCGCUACCCAAUGGACUUUCUUAAACCACCUGAUUCUCCAGACUCUGAGCCUUCAUCUGCCGAGACAGGGGAAACAACCUACUCUGCCCCUGUGGGGCUCUCAGAUUCGCAAGCUGUCCAGACGCUGAGUGAACGUGCCCAUUGGUGCGUGGUGGCGUACUGGGAGGAGAAGACUCGAGUGGGGCGCCUCUACUCGGUUCAGGAGCCCUCCCUGGACAUCUUCUACGACCUACCUCAGGGGAACGGCUUCUGCCUGGGACAGCUCAGCUCUGACAACAAGAGCCAGCUGGUCCAGAUGGUGCGGGCUAAGAUCGGCUAUGGCAUCCAGCUGACACGUGAGGCGGGUGGGGUGUGGGUAUACAACCGUAGCUGCUACCCCAUCUUCAUCAAGUCAGCCACACUGGACAACCCAGAUUCGCGCACGCUCCUGGUGCACAAGGUGUUCCCUGGCUUCUCCAUUAAGGCAUUUGACUUUGACAAGGCCGACUGCCUGCAGAGGCCCAACGACCACGAGUUCACACAGCAACCCCGAACUGGCUUCACAGUACAGAUCAGCUUCGUAAAGGGCUGGGGACAGUGCUACACUAGACAGUUUAUCAGCAGCUGCCCCUGCUGGCUGGAGGUCAUCUUCAACAACCGAUAGCAGCAAGCCCUGCCUUUCCCUGACCCCCAUCCUCAUGUUAAAACAUGUUUAAAAAGAAAAAGACAAACUUUCAAUGACUUGUUUAUUAAAUAACUAAGAUUUAAUUAAGUGAAUUAAGAAGUAAAAUGUAUUUUAUGUUAUAUAUAAAUAUAUUAUUACUUGUAAAUAUGAAGACGUUUUAUAUGCAUCAUUAUUUAUGUAUUGUGCAAUGUGUUGACAGGAAAAAGAAAGUAAGAUGCACUUUGCUUAAUAUAAAUGCAAACAAAGAAAUGCCAAAAUAAAUAAAAAAUACAAAUAAUU